AUGACUCCUACAUCAGCUCGUCGACAAGAAAAAUUAUCUUUUCGAACAUUUGUAUUAUUAUUAUUACAUCAUCAAAAUCCGAGUUGGUCUGUAUCCAAUAUUGCUGACUUCUUCGAACACUCAGAAAAUCCAUCAAAUUUAAACCGACAUGAAUCACUAUCGAAUCCACAUAAUGCAGGUGGUUGGGCAAGAAAUGCUGCAGAAAUACCACUAUCAAUUCGCAAUCGUCCUCGAAAUAAAUUCGCAAUUGGUGUUGUUUUUUGGGGUGGCAUCUCAUAUGACGGAUUGAUUCCAAAAAAUGGUCUAAUUGAUGUUACAUCUUGGUUAAAAGCUCAAGUGAAGGAAAAUCGACCACAAAAAACUUAUAUGAAUCGUCGACUGUAUGCGAAGUUUAUUAAAGAAGUUGGUUACAAGCACAUUCGAAAGCUAAGUUCAACAGAACUUUUAUUCCAAGAUGAUCCUGAUACUAAACAUAGGACAAAACAUGUAUUAGAAACUAUUGAUAAAUUAUUUAUUGACCGAAUUUUACCUCAAGAAGGUGAUGCAAAAUUUGCGGAUGUACGGCCUAUCGAAAAAGUGUGGGGAAUACUAAAAGAAAAAGUACCAGGAGAACAAUUUUCGAGUUUUGAACAAUUGGAAGUUAGAGUGAAUAAGAAUGGAAGAAAAUUACCCAUGACGACUGUAAAAAAAUGA